AAACCUCACCUUGUCAUUUUUAGGCGUCUAGACUGUCCUUUCGCUUCUUGUUUAAACAUUCGGAAAAAUUAACUCGACGGAUUUGUUGUUGAAAUUGGGAAGUCGCUUUAGACAGUACUAUUGCCGAUAUCCGCAACACGCAUGCAGCUGGAUCUGUUCAUCAUUCAUCCAGUCUUACUCCUCAUUCUCACCUGACGUCUUCCGACUCCGCUUUCCAACACCACGCCCAUCCACCAUCUGGGCACGCUACUAGCACAUCACCACACCCACUUUUCGAUCAACCUCUCGGUCUUAUCUCACGUCUUACACAUCUUCUCGGCGAAAUGGAUUGCAUAGAGGCCAUGGGCGCGCGACGAGCCAUGUCGCUCAUGUUCACCGUCCCGGAGCGCUUCGUAGGCUUCGCGCACAUGGAUCAGAAGACCUUCUUUGAACUCUCAGACUGGAUCCUGGCAAACGUCGCAUCACAAAUUACUCCGGACAUAAGUGUGGAAGAAUCGCUCUUCAUCUUCUUGGAUAUCGUGGCGCAAGGGAACAGCUUCAGUACUGUGGCGUAUGGGUGGGAUCAUGACUUGGAGCUUACACAAGGCAUAUUCCUAAACGUCCUUAACGCUCUCACAAUCCUGCGCGAGAGUAGGGAAAUCGCCGAUACGUGCCCGCCCUUUACACAAACCCGUAAGCGAUGGGAAGUCGCUCGCAAAUGGAACCAGAAACGAUCUCGCAUGGGCGCCAGUGGUGGCGUUGCCCGGAUAGGCUACGACGAAAUGUGCCGAGAUGGUCUUGAGGUUGACCAAGAGUGCCUGAAAGAAGCCCUGAUGGCGCUGAACAACUUCAUCCAUGAGAACGCGGACCAUGACGAAUCAUGAUUACGCGCGCAAUUCUGCUAUUUCCUUUGUUUCCUUGCAUCUGCUCCGGUGUUGUUUUGGCGUUUGGGUAACGACUAGGGUAACGCAUUGCACCGGUUGGGAAGGCUGAGCUUGGUGUUGACACGAUCUUCUCUCGUUCUUGUUUCGUAUGUACACAUGUACUCUCUUUUGCAGAUCAAAUCGAUCCCCGCUGGCCGUUUGACGC